GGAAUUAAUUGCAACGAAACCUUCUAAAGUCGUGCGUGCUGAGCUGACGGAGAAUGGGUAACAGCAAGCAGAGGCGAUUCAAGAACCAUCGCGGGCAAUCCAGCCGCCCUUAUGAACCAAAUUAUCCGCUCAGUAAUGAAGAGUCACUACCCGUUGGUUCAGGUGAAGACGAUGAAAAACCACUGCCUAGUGUUCAUCUUGCUAUGUGGGAUUUUGGUCAGUGCGACGCAAAAAGAUGCACUGGACGCAAGCUUGCACGAUUUGGAGUUGAGGGUUAACAGUGCCUUUGGUGGCAUUGCUUUAAGUCCUGCUGGAUCACAUUGCAUCUCGAGAGAGGAUCAUGAUUUAAUUGAACGAAAGGGGUUGGUAGUUGUGGAUUGUUCAUGGGCACGAUUGGAUGAUGUACCUUUUGCAAAGCUACGGUGUCCUGCACCUCGUCUUUUGCCAUGGUUGGUAGCAGCAAAUCCAAUAAAUUACGGUCGACCUUGUCAGCUCUCUUGUGUUGAGGCUUUAGCUGCUGGUUUAAUUAUCUGUGGGGAAGAGGAAAGUGCAUAUUUACUGCUGAACAAGUUCAAAUGGGGCCAUGCUUUCUUGUCCCUCAACAGAGAACUUUUGAAGGCAUACUCCGAAUGCAAGACCAGUGCUGAUAUCAUUUCAACCCAAAAUGAAUGGCUCUCCAGGGAAAGCUCACGGGUUCCACAAGCUCUGGAACAGCCAGAUGGAGAGGAUGCACAUUCUCAUGAUAAUGGUGAAAAUUCAUCUAGCGACUCUGAUGAUGGACUUCCACCACUUGAGAAAAAUAUGAAUCAUUUGAAGUUGGCAGAUAGUGAUGAAGAGAGCGAAUAAGAUGUCACCAUUUAUUUUCACUCGUUGAAGUUCAUUGGGAUGUAUGUGUUUUUACAUAUAUCUAAAUAUGUAAUGAGUAGUCCGUACUAUAUAACUCAUAAAUGCCCAUAUACUAAUUUUUUCCCCAUUAAUUUUAUACAUUAAUUUUAUAAUGGGCACUCUUUUAGUAUGUACAACAUAAAAUACUUAAAUGUCC